AUGCCUAACAUCUACACAGACUCCUGGUUUCAGCACAAUGGAGAGAUUGCUGAACUUAACAAACUGAUCAAUGCCACAUUGGAUGUUAUUGAGCACAUCUUAAAGUUGGAAGACCUAGCUGUUAAGUAUGUUGAAGAGGAUUUUUCGGAAUUGCCAGAAGCAGCCUUGCACUAUAUCCCAUUAUAUGUUUACUAUGCUAUUGACACUAUCGCAGCUUGCACAAGUGAUUCUACUCCAACACCAUCAACUGGCUAUCCCAUAGAUCUUUCUCAAAGUAUAUUUCCAUAUGAAGAAUUAGCCAUGGCAACUAAUGGUUUCUCCGAGAACAACUUUAUUGGUCAAGGUGGUUUUGGUCAUGUCCAUAAAGGGGUCCUUCCAAAUAAGAAAGUGGUUGCAGUUAAACAGCUGAAAUUGGACAGUAAACAGGGAGAGCGUGAGUUUAGGGCGGAAGUUGAGGUCAUUAGUCGUGUCCAUCACAAACACCUUGUUUCAUUGGUUGGAUAUUGCAUUUUUGGGGAACAAAGAUUGCUUGUUUAUGACUAUUAA